GGGUACUACAGUAAAGGAGAACAAGCCAAAGAACAUUUUAUUUUUAUCUCUAUCAAUAGGCCAAAUUCCACUCAAAAGAGAGCAUAAAGUGCAUCUAACUGAUUGGCCACACACCGCAUUAGCAGGGAGUGUUAUAAAAGCCUUGGAGUCCAAGCUCACAGUUGUCUUGGUAAGAAGAGAAGGCUGCAAUGGACCCAGCUGUGGUUCUGGUGCUCUGUCUCUCCUGUUUGCUUCUCCUCUUCCUCUGGAGACACAGCCCUGGGAGAGGGAAGUUCCCUCCUGGCCCAACUCCUCUCCCAAUUAUUGGAAAUAUCCUGCAGGUGGAUGCUAAGGACAUUGGCAAAUCCUUUACCAAUUUCUCAAAAGUGUACGGCCCGGUGUUCACUGUGUAUCUUGGCACGAAGCCCGCUGUGGUGCUGCAUGGAUAUGAGGCGGUGAAGGAAGCCCUGAUUGAUCAUGGAGAGGCGUUUUCUGGAAGAGGCCAUUUCCCAGUGGCUGAAAGAAUUAAUAAAGGGCUUGGAAUCAUUUUCAGCAAUGGAGAUAGAUGGAAGGAGAUUCGGCGCUUCACCCUCAUGACCCUGCGGAAUUUCGGGAUGGGGAAGAGGAGCAUUGAGGAACGUGUCCAAGAGGAGGCCCUCUGCCUUGUGGAGGAGUUGAGAAAAACUGAGGCCUCACCCUGUGAUCCCACUUUUAUCCUGAGCUGUGCUCCUUGCAACGUGAUUUGCUCCAUUAUUUUCCAGAAUCGUUCUGAUUAUAAAGAUGAGCAUUUUCUUAAGUUGAUGGAAAAAGUACAUUUGAAUACCAAGAUAAUCAGCUCCCCAUGGAUACAGAUCUACAAUAAUUUCCCUGCUCUCAUCGAUUAUUUCCCAGCGACCCUUAAAGAAAUAUUUGACAAUGCUGCUUUUGUAAAAAGUUAUAUUUUGGAGAAAGUAAAAGAACACCAAGAAUCAUUGGAUGUUAACAACCCUCGAGACUUUAUUGAUUGUUUCCUGAUCAAAAUGGAGCAGGAAAAGAAUAAUCAAUCAUCGGAGUUUACUUCUGAAGCCUUAGUAGCCACUGUAUUUGAUUUGUUUGGAGCUGGGACAGAGACAACAAGCACAACCUUGAGGUAUGCUCUCCUGCUCCUGCUGAAGUAUCCAGAAGUCACAGCUAAAGUUCAGGAAGAGAUUUACCGUGUGAUUGGUAGACACAGGAGCCCCUGCAUGCAGGACAGGAGCCACAUGCCCUACACGGAUGCUGUGAUACAUGAGGUCCAGAGAUACCUGGACCUUGUCCCGACCGACCUCCCCCAUGCAGUGACCCGUGACAUUAAAUUCAGAAACUACCUACUCCCCAAGGUAAGCUUGUUUUUUUACACUAUUGGAUAUCACCCUGAUAGAAAAUUCCCCAGCACAAAGGUUGCUGGACCAGGAUCACUGCUACACACAAGGAGUAACUACCCUCUCUGCUUGUUAUUUUUAGGAAAACGGAUUUGUGUGGGAGAGGGACUGGCCCGCAUGGAACUAUUUUUAUUCCUAACCUCCAUUUUACAGAACUUUAACCUGAAAUCUCUGGUUGACCCAAAGGACCUUGAUAUCACCUUAGUUGCAAAAGGAAUUACUUCUGUGCCACCCUUGUACCAGCUCUGCUUUGUUCCUCUCUGAAGAAGGUCAAGCAGUCUGGCUGCUGAAGGGAUGCCGUCUGCAGCUCCCUCUUCUUUGGGACAUCAUGUACCUCUUCCCACGAUCAGCGAUGCCUUUGCUGACCUGUGCUCUCACAUCUCCCUAUUCCCUCAAGAUCCAGUGGAUAUCAUUCCUCCUGUUAGGAGAGUUUCCUGAGUUUCACUGCACAAACAUGUCUACUAUUCCUCGUAUUCUGUAAUGCUUGUAUUAAUUGCCACAUAUGCCAAUCCUUACCUAAUAUUAAGUUAUUAAUGUUAUCAUGGUAAAACAGAGAAUAUGAUUAGUGUAUGAUAAUUCAGAUUUAUUUUUUCUGAACAUUCUAAAUAAAAAUCAUUAUUAUUUAUUGA